AUGAUGAGUAAUCCUGAGCCAAAUGUGAUGAGUAAUCCUGAGCCAAGCAUGAGUAAUUCUGAGCCAACUAUGAUCAGUGUUCCUGAACCAGCCGUGAUGAGUGUUCCUGAACCAGCCAUGAUAAGUGUUCUUGAACUAGCUGUGAUUAAUAACAGUAUUGUAUACGAAGCC